UUGAUUACGCAAUCAUAACUUGCACAACGUUUCUGAGCACUGUCGAUAUUUUGUUCACGCUCGUCCUCUCGAUUCGCAAUUUAUUGUGUGUACUCUUGAUAGUCUUACAACAACCAUGAUUGCAGCUUCCAGAACUCGUUUAAUUACCGUCAAAUCUGUCAAAAGAUUUCAUUUCCUUUCAAAAAAGGCAACUACGAUGCAGAUUUCAACAGACGUGGAAUUUAGUUCCCAAUUUAUGGUUGUCGGCCUUGGCAACCAUUCAAUGCCAGCGUCCAGACACAGCAUCGGCAUGGCAACCAUCGACAGACUUUGCAGACAUCUCAAGGCCACAUGGAGUAAAGAUAGGGACUGCCAAGGUGAUAUCGCCAUGGCAACACUGGCAGACCAGCACAGGCUCAUCCUUCUGAAGCCACGCCUACUCAUGAAUAUUAAUGGGAGGAGUGUUGUCAAAACAGCAAGGAAAUAUCAAGUUGCCUCCUGUAAUGUUUAUCUUCUGCACGAUGAUUUGGAUCGAGCAUUUGGCAAGUUCAGUAUCAAGGAGGGAGGAAGUGCCGGGGGACAUAAUGGAGUUAAAUCAGCUAUUGCUGCUUUGGGAACUGAUGUAAUGCCAAGAUUAAGGAUUGGUAUUGGUCGACCAACAAAUAGGAACGCAGUGACUGAUUACGUUCUGAGUGGAUUUAGCAUACAGGAGAAGGAACGUCUACCACCGAUAUUGGAAGAAUGUGUCCUGACAUUACUAGAUCACAUCAAUAAGAGGGCUGAAAAAACCUGAAACAGCAUUGCCAUGUGAAAAAAAAUGGCAAAAAACCUGCAAGAAACCUGCUGAUGAGUACCACUGAUGUCUGGUACCCAAUGUAUUCCUUCAGCUGGAAGGAUGGUGGUGCUGAACCCGCCAGUCUUUUUAGCCAUGCAACAUUGCAUGAGCCUGAUUAUGACAGACGUUUUGGGGUUUAUCUCUGAACUGAGUCAGCCAGAUCCAUCCUUAAACGAAGGUGCUUUGUACAAUUAUUGUUGUCACAGUGUAGUUUUAAUUUGAAUUGUGCAAUAAACUUUGAAAUGUAAAACAAAAAGCAAACACAAUUCGUCAUUUUUGCACAUGAGAUAAAGCUGUUAAAUUGAAUCAGUUUAAGUGAUUUCUGAUUACACAAGCAAGGAUGUUGUAUAACAAAA